AUGGAUGCCGACGACGCUUCGAUUACCGCCGAGGAAGAAGGGGGCGAAGAAGACACGGGUGCAGAUGCAGACAAUGAAGACGAGGAGGAGGAUGAGCCUGACAUUGGAGAGAUCGAUGCGGUCGAAGAGAUAGUCGAUGAGAAGGAAUCCAAGGCCGCGGCAGAGUAUGCUGAGCGUUACUUCGAUAAUGUGGACGACGACUCACAAGAUGAUGCCAUUGGUAUCUUCGACACACAUCAACCUGUCGACCUUGCCCAUGACGCCGAGCAAUCUCAAGAACCCCAGGUUAACCAGCCCCUGAGUGCCUUUGACAUAGCUCUCGGUCUAAUGACCCACAUUCGUGGCAUGAGUAAUGCCAACUGGACAAUCAUCCGAGAGAUUCUACGGCUUCCUAAGUCACCAGGAGAUAGCCGCGUGCCCCUUAAGAAUCUCCCAAAGGCACUCGCCACUACCAAGGCUUCGGUCACACGCCAACUUCCACUCAUCGAUAUGCGCGUUAUGGACGUGCUUUUGAAGAUAGAGAAGCUUCCGACCAUGAAUGAGACGCAGAAGGAGAAGGCGAAGCAGAAUGAAGUCUUGACUGCCAAGCUGUUCUUCUUUAAUCCGGUCAGCUUGUUCACGUCGAUCCUCGUAUCAGAUCUCGCUAAGAAGAUGCACUUCGACAUGGCCUACUUCGUUGACUCGCCUUCGGAACUCUAUCACUCUCAUACUUGGUCUGGGUCGAUCCGGACGACUUCCGGCAUCUAUGUACACUCCAUCAACGAGGACCUCACUCUAGGGGACCCCAUCUUCCCCUCUAACUUCGUCUACUUCGUCUGUUGCCAGGCUGAUUGUCGAUGCGCAAAUUCCAACGCAUCCGACUACUCAUUUUACCAUGUCGGAAGAGUCUAUGGAGUCGGCAAGGACUUUAAAUCCCGCAGCCUCCGCAACAAGGCAGCCCCGCAUCGAGAUAACAUUCACUACAUCCCUCAAAAGUUUACUAUCGACUUUUGCCCUAUCACGCGCGAUCUCUUUCACGGUAAAGCAAUAGAUGACCCGAGCUACAUGCCUCCAGAGACCCAGUGCGGUAAACUUAAGGCACCUCAUCAGAAGUAUACACCGAAGCGGCCCAAGAUGAAGGAUCAGCAUAACGACUUCCUUGUUCGCCGCAUCAUUCUUGAUAAUCUCGAAGUUGACCCCCUGUGCCAUACACAUCCCAUCCGAGCUGAGCUUGAGCUCGAGUACUAUAGCCGAAAGAUCUUCACAGAGAAGUGA